CAGUCGGUGGCUGGACGUCGCGACGCAUGUAUACUGCACCGGUGAUAAGCGUACGUCCGCCUCCGCACGGUUGGUACUUACACGCGACUUCCGCUUGUCAAGAAAAAAAAAAAAAAAUUACGCGUCGACUCUCGAUAAACCCUCGCGAAAAUAUUAUUCACGCGUGACCAUCUCAUCAGGCUAAAAGGAUUUCUGGCGAGGAGAGUGCGCUGCAGAAAUGCGUAACAAUCAUUGCUUACGCGGACAACACUGAUGGUGUUGGGAGGAUUGGGACGCAGGAUGUCGAGCGGCGACAAGGCUUCACCAGGCCUGACCAUCGAUCGCGCCGCUUUUCUGCUUCUGAGAGUGAAGAAGGCCUUCAAGAAAAAGAAGCAGCAGCGAAAGGAGAAAAGCGCGCCUGUGCCAGAAUGCAAACCCGAAAACAGAUCAGCGCGGGGUCCUGGAGGACGUCCAGCCCCGCUCUUACGAUCCCGAACUUUGCCAGCGAUUGUCGCGCCUGGCCUCAGCAUACUUCAAGCUCAAAUCGAGGCUCGUUAUGCGGUAACAACGGGGAUAUCGGUCAUUCCGCCCUCCAUGGACAAUACGGCUUGCGCGAAGCGCGGAAGCACAGCUUCCCAUUGUACGAAGCUUCUUACGCCGAGAAUAUCCUUUACGGACGACACGAUAGAGCGCCGCGUUUCCGACUCCGGUCCGGUGGGCAGAGAACUCUCCAAGGAGCACUCGGCGAGAAGCGGCAGGCUGAGCACCUCCAGCAUCGGCGGCUCGCAGCCUCUCAACCGGCUCGCGCGGCUCUUGAACCAACGGCCCAGCUUCACGCCGAGUGAUGAAAUUCCACGACGGCUCUCAUGGGAGAGGCGAGAUUAUAGCACGACGAGCUCCUGCCUACCAAGGAGCAAUUCGAUCGAUAGCAUGGCGGAAUGGGGGUUGACAGGAGGAAUAGGAACUGUCAGCGGAAACAACAGCGUGAGUGCUGGCAGCAGUUAUGGCCUAUUUGUCGAACCACCACCCAGAAGAAGUCCAAGCCCAUUGUUGGGAGCGAGAGGCGACAGACUGAGCAUAGUGUCACCCAAUAUUGGCAGAAGAGUGAAAGGACAUAGAGCAGUUGUAGAAUUACACUCGUUGCAAGGGAUGGAGUUCCUGGAAGGUUUCGGCAAGAAAAAACAGCAGCCGCAACAGCUGAAUAAUCUGUCGUCGAUACAUAUCAAUCCCUUAUCGGCCCAAUCCCUCAACAUACAUCUGCAUGCUCUAUUUGCGGCUGUGGAACACGGUCACCUGGAUAAAACGAGAACUAUUUUGGAGUCCACCGAUGUGAACAUAAAUAGCGUCAACAGCGACGGCUUGUCACCGCUGGACGUUGCUGUGCUUAGCAACAACAGGCCGCUAGCAAAAAUGCUGGUUGCGUUCGGCGCGCAGGAAGGGAACCAAUUCAAGUCUCCAGAAUUUCUGGGAAGCCACUUGGCAUCGUUGCUGUCAGAAGCGGAGCACAGAGUUCAAGAACUCGGCGGUAGUACUUCCGGCAGCGGUGGAACCACUUUGUUGGAACCGGCGAGCAGUCAUAGGGCCAGUUUUUCCACGCAACAUAACAACCUUACAGCAUGCGGCGGUAGCACGGAAGACAAGCAGCUCGCUUUAUGGGAGAGAAGAGCCAGGGCUCUCAGAAAAAUGUUACUAGGCUUCGAUCAAGCGCGACCACCCGACAUGCCUUUCCUGGUUGCGGUCGAUGUUACCGGUACAACCUCGGUUGCAGUCAGGUUUCAAGAACCAGACUCGCACGACUCUCCAAUUUGCACUAAGUUCAAAGUUCAGUGGAGUUUGCACGAUGACUUUUCGGUCGUUUGUGGCGAGAGAGAGGUUCUAGACAUGAAGCAGAGAGAAUGUCGGAUCGAGGGUUUAACGCAAGGGCAAAGAUAUCACUUCCGCGCCGCCUCCGGGAACUUGAAGGGAUACAGCAGAUUCAGAAACUCGACGCCCGCACAUGUCACGCCCAGCAGUUGGAGGGACAUAGACGGCAGAGUACCGAGAUUCGCGGGGCGACUGGAACAAUUAAACACUCUGUUCACUGAUAUAAAGCGACCGGAAUAUACGCAAGAAACACCAGCGGUGCAGAGGCGAAAUCACAAGAAGAAAACAACGAUAAAGCAGUUGUUUACGGUGACAAGUAAAUUUCAGAAGAACCUCAGGCGAGGUGUGUUUCUCGCGUGUUUGCUGUACCACGAAGAUAAGGUUCUCGUUACGAACGAGGACUUUCUGCCGGUGAUCGAAGUCGACGAAACGUACCCCAGUUGUAUUUACAACGAUUUUCAUUGGCUGAUGAAAGUCGCUUUUACCUGGGACGAUGUUAAGUCCCUCCGACAGGAUAUGGAAAAGAGUCACAGCAGUUCGACUAACCACUUUAGGAUAAAAAUGCUUCAAGCCGCUGCUCAAAUGCAGGCUGCACUGUGCAUACAGGAUCUUGGACAGAUGUAUCACAAGCCCAUCAGAGAUAUACAAGGCACUUUAGUGUUCUCUUCGGUAAAUUAUGUAAAGUCACCGAAACUGGUUUCUGUACUGAACAGCAGGUGGCUGCCACUCAGUAAGGUCACAAAGAAAAUCAUAACACACGAUGACAGCAAUGUCGCCGAUAUCCUGAUGGCCAGCAUACAAGAGCAAAUAACAUAUCACCAAGUCAGUAGCAUCAAACUGUCCAAAGGCUUAUAUCUCGGUUAUCUGAAGAUGCAAAGCAGCGUGGAUCUUAUACAAGUCGUCGUCCCAGCGAAAUCCCCGAACGUAUUGCCGCACUGCAAGAUUCGCGACAAUCCGCACGUAUCCGCGGAGGAAUGGGACUAUCUCAAGAGAGUAACGCGCAUCUGCACAUCCGAGUCAUCCGUGGAGUCCGAAGAAAAGGAGAAUGUAACGAACGAAGCGCAAGGUACAGAACAGCAGAAAUUGUUCGUCGAUCUGGUCGCCGCGACGGCGCGACGGUUGUUCAAUUAUAUGGAGAUCAGUCCGGAGGAUUCGCUGGCGCAGCGAUUGUACGAUGCCGAGGUUAUCGAUCUCACGCACGACGUGUCGUUCCUGGUCGCCGUACCGCCCGCGGAAACCGCUUGUUGCGUGCCCGGCACGCGAGAGAUUCUACUGCAGCGCGGCGACCUCCUGUCGCUGCCCAUCCCGGUCUUUGAAAUGAUACACCUAAACACGUAUCAAAAGGACGUGAACAAUCGUUACUCGAGACUCAGCUGCAUUCUGGAACUGGACACGGCACAGGCCCAGCAUAAUCACAGAGAGGCCUUCAGCCCUAUGGAAUUGAGCGUCGCGAAGGAUAAAUUGGAGAGAUUAAAAGAUCUGCAGUUGCAAGUGAACACAGUGUGGAAGGGCGCCAGGUGGUGGUUUGACGUCAUAACUUUCGCGAGGGAUCGCGGCUUUUCCCAACAAAACGCCACAUCGCAAACCGUCGGCAUAUCAAUGAAGCAUCUGCUCAGCCUGGACAGAAACAGGAAUAAUAACAGUAACAACAGCCUAAAACGAAGUUUGCUACAAUUACCACCUAGAGAUCCCAAGCUUGUGAAAUCGAGCCCCGGCCGCGGCAGCUGGCCGGGUCCCAAUCUGUCAAAUUCGUCCUCGAAUCUCCUCACGACGGAGUUCAGCAAAAGCGAACAGCAGCUACCUAGCGGCCAGUACAUACGUAAAGGCAGCAACACCUCGAACGUGUCGACCGGCUCGGAGGCGCAGAAAUCAUUGUGCGCGCCGAUGAGCAGCAGCAGCAAUCUAAGCAAUCUGACGACCACGAGCAGCGCGAAUCACCUGCUGCCGCUGCAAAAUACACGGUUACCACCCUCCAAGUCCGAGGACACCUUGAUCCUCACCAAGUACAAAUACAGCCCGCGAAAUCGCUCCGCCACAAUAACGUCCGCUUCGGCUAGCACGAGUCCGUUACUUAGCAUAAAGCCCAUCAUGUACGGCGGCUCGCUGAUAAGUGUGUCCACGCCAAUGACGAACACUACGAGUCUACUCAGCGUGAGCAACACGAAUUCCGACAGUUUGCACUCGUUGAGCAGCGACGAAUACAGCACGCCAAAUUCGAGCGUCUGCCUGAAACCGGGUCACUCAGUCAAGGUGAAAACGUCCAAACCGACCGCGAGCGUCGCGGCAAUGGCCACCGUUCCGCAGGAUAAUCUGGACGAAGAUAAGGACGAGGCGACGAUGAUGCCGGCACCUCUGCCAGGCAUUCUUCAGGUUUACGCGGCCUACGAGACUGGUUUAGCAGCUGGCACCAGUUUGAAGCUGCACGUAACGCCGAGAACCACAGCGCGGGAAGUCGUGGAUCUUGUCGUUAAACAGCUGAACAUGGCGGUGGUCCUAAAAGGUCAGAAGGGGCCUACCUACACGGCCGACGAGCUACCGAAUUUCUGUUUAGUUGCCGUGAUCGGUGCGCGAGAGCGUUGCUUAAGAGACGAUUUUAAGCCGCUUCAAUUGCAAAACCCGUGGAAGAAGGGGAGGCUGUAUGUUAGGCAAAAGCAGGAUGUUCUCGCCGCCCUCGAGCACAGUAAUUUACGCUUUGCAACGUACAAUUACUGGAGCGUUGCAGAUACAAAAUUAUGAGUAAUUAAUAACAUAACGAUACUUGGAGCGGUUAGUCACGGCUCAUGAAAAACACAGUAUGAAAAAAAAAUUUCGAGGGAUCGUCACGAAUGUGAUAAGCGUGAAAUACAAGUCUCUAUUCUAUUGUAAGCGAUGUGUACAUUCCGAUUCUGAAAUUCAUAAAUUCUCUGUAAUAUUCUUCAAAUGUUAGUUAGUUUGUAAAGGAAUGAAUAAUACUCGAGACAUAUUGUUAUAUUUUAUGUACCGAUCUCAGUGUUUUAUUCGAUAUGCGUAUCAAGAGUAUGCGCAAGUGAGCUGUUUGAGAGAUCUCAUUGUUCCUUAUACCGCGAUUCGUUGUACCCAAGUACGAUUCAUUACGUUACGGAGGAUCUUUUAGCGCAAGGAAGAUGCAAUAGAAAAAUACUUGGGUACUGCGAAUAAAUAAGGAUGAUAUAACUUUUUAAAGUCAGUGAAAGUUUUAUAUUUAUACUAUUAAAGUAACGAAAAGUGUAAAAGAAAGGAAUAUUUACGUUUUAAUGUUUAAUGUGUAUGACAAAAUUAUUAUAUUAUACUUUCUGCUUGACUAGAUCCGUGUUACCAGGCUCUAAAAAAGACGCGUAAUGCAUAAUUUUUUCGAAAAAUAUUCCAGAUAGAAUAAUACGAAAGUUCCUAAAGUCUGCUGGCAUCGUUUUAAAAAAAUGGCUUAGAGCGAAAAAUAUAUUUUUAGGGAAACAUCCAUCAAUUGUGAAAAUGCCGAUCAAUUUUGUUGACGAACAUAAUGCAAAAGAAAAAUUAUUGAAAAUAGUGAAAAAGAGAGGAGAUUAGUCCGAGAUUUUAGUUGAAGAAUAUUUUGAGUCUAAAAUAGCGAGUAACAUUUCAACCAGUUUUAUAGUUAAUUAUUAGUAUAUUAUAGUUAAUUAUUAUAGUAGUUAUAUAAGACAAAGAGGCUUAUAGACUGUUAUACGUAUAUAAUAGAACAAAGAGUAUUAUUAAUGCUACUAUUGCUUUAGAGAUAAUAAACAAGUUAUAUUUUUCGUUUUGACUUAUAAUUUCUAUUUUACUAAAUACUGCGGCGUAUAUAAAAUGUUAUUUGUUUUUAUAAACACAUACAUACACACAAAAGCGCGCGCGUGUGCGCACACGCACGCAUUCUACGUCUGAAUAUACAUUUAUCUUGUUUAGUAAAAUCAUGUAGUAAAAGAAAACUUCCAGCAGACGUGAGUGGACAGAUUCAUCUUGAAGAGUUUAUGAGGAAAGAAAUAUCUAAUCAAAAGAACGAAUAAACUUUCUCGUUAUUAUAUACAGUAAAUUUUAGUAAAAUUUUAAUAGUCCGCAGUUGCGCGAUCUGCCAUAUUGUACACGUAACUGCGUGUAUCCGGCUAAAGGAGAAGCGACAGUACAGCAGUACGGCAGUCGACGUCUUAUAAAACCAAUGAUAAGUAUCAUAGUGUAGAGUGGUUUGCUAAAUAUACCCUAAUCGCACAAUAUUACUGCACAAUAUUAGUACGCGACAAAUUUCUCAAAUGUCCGGAGAUCGCACAUUUCAUAUUUAAUCUGACGAAUGGCAAGAUUAAUUAGUGUAGCAGAUAUAUAUAUACGUAGCUAUUUUCGACCGAAAAAAAACAGAGAAAUAAAAUAUUUAGAACAGUAUAACUGUCUAGACAGUGCAGAAUUCACGUAAAUUAAUCUGGAUUGAGGAAGCGAAAUGUGUCGAAAAAAAAGAGUCCACAUACUUCUAUUAUUUCACCCGCCGCAAGCUUGCGUAAUAUCGAUCUAUCAAGCGAAGAACUCCAUUGGAAAUGUCUAUCGUGAAAUCCGUCCUUCACGUCGCAGAUUCGAUUUGGAAGUAUCAAUCGAACGUUUCUUCGAAUAUUAUGCUUAUUGAGCAGUAGUAUCGUGCACCAAGGGGCCAUUUGCGUUUUAACGAGGAUACAUGGUGCACAUAUUUUUUUAUCUACAAAGUGGCAAAGGACCGACGAAUUGUUAAAGGCGGAGCAGGUCUGGCUGGCUAUAUAGAUAAGUCCGUAUAUCGCUGAUGUACACAAGCAGAAAAAAAAUGGAGCGAGAAAUGUGGAUCUCUGUGAGAUAUUUCGAUAAACAUCACCGCAAUAUCUCGCGGAUAAACCGAACCCUGUGAUCUAGAAAACAAUCCACAAUCUACGAAAAAAUGAUUUCCAUACACAUCAGCGUCGAUUUAACCAUGCAAUCAGCCGUAUCUGCUCUUCUCUGCUACUCUUGCCUAGAUGCACACCUGUAUUGUUGAGAGCAGAUGAGCGCGCGCUCGUUUCUGCCCGACCGAGGGAACGAUAGAAAAUUUUAUUAGCACUACGUGAGUGUCUAUCGAUGUUGAAUGUAAAAUAACCGUUAGCAUAUAAGUGUUACGAUAUACGAGGUGAAAGAGCACGGAGACGUGCCGGGCUUACGAACAGGCAAAGACGAUUGAGAUAUUUGUAAAUAUAAUGAAAAAAAGAAAACAAAAAAACAAGAGAAUGACUGCACACACAGGGAAACUAGAGAGAGAUUAUUUUAGACAAGAGAGAGAGAGAGAGAAUACGAGAUCUUCUCUUUGUUUUUACGGUCCAUUCAUCGCAAUUAGUAAUGUAAUUAGUUAUGCCUAUGCGACAGCAAUGUGAGUUAAUUAGUUGGAAUUCAAACAAAGACAUUCUCGUCCCCCGUCCCGCUGCUUCCCCUCUCCCCAUCCUACCUUCCGCGUCCAGGAAACAAAGACCGUAACCCGAUGUCACUUUGAUGCACAAUUUGUAAAGAGUGACAUAUGCGAUAAUUAUGUACAGUAGCGAAUUGAUGUUUGUAUAGAAAAGAUGGCUUCAUUUCUGUUACUGUGUUCUUCCCCCCCUUCCCCUUUUUUGUCGGGGAUAAUGUACUACGACGAAAGCGCACGAAAUAAAGUAUAACAUUGUAUUUGU